AUGCGCGGCGUGUUUCUGACGAAGUCAGUCUGGUACGUCGUGAACCGCGAAACGUCUCCAACCUUCACCGACACGCGAGCUUCCGACGAGUACGUCAAGGCGAGCAACAUCGCGUUCGGGUUGAUGUUGCUCCACAUGGACGCCGACUACCACCAUGUGGUCGACAACUGUGAAGAAGCAUGGACAGCGUGGUCGCGGUUGAAGAUGCUCUAUGGUGGGUCGCAGAAGGCGGGACGCAUCUACCUCAAGCGCCAGCUGUUCAGCAUCAAGAUGGCGGAAGGUGCCAACGUCUUGCACCAUUGCAACGAAGUCUUGAACAUCGGCGCCAAGCUCAGCAGCAUCGGUGCCAAGAUGGAAGACGAAGACAUUGCGAUCUGCUUGCUGCUCAGUCUCCCGAAGAGUUUCGAGAACGUGGUUCUGAACUUGGAGAUGAGCAAUGCAGAGCUGCGCACGCAAGAUGUGGUCAAGGUGCUGACUAACGAGCACAUCAAGCGACAAGGCGAGAAGAUGACAACGGCAACGACAACGGUGAAGACUGAAGAUGCGACAAAGGCAUUCAGUACCGAGCGCAAGCCCUACCAAUGCACAUACUGCGGCAAGGUGGGGCACACGGCAGAGCGUUGCUGGACGAAGCAAAAGGAUGAAAGUCGAGGAGCCCAACGCGGCGGCAAUGGUCGUGGACGCGGGGCAAACAAUGUCCAGUGGCGACAUUAUGAUGAAGGCAACAGCUACGAUCGAGUGGCGUUUGCAGUUUCGUUCGAAUGCGGAGUUUCGACGAACAAGAAUGGACCAGGAAUGUGGGCCGUUGACAGCGGGGCAACACAUCACAUCUGCCACGACAAGUUCAAGUUUGCAAGCUUGGUCGAAGGCAAUGAUGGCGAGAUCCUGGUGGCUGAUGGCAACAAGGCGGCCAUCAAAGAGCGCGAGAUCGAGAUCAAGAACGCGCUCUAUGUGCCCAGCAUGAGCAAAAAUCUGCUCUCGGUGCCGCAGAUUAACAAGCACGGCAACUUCCAAGUGGUGUUUGACGGGGAUACGAUGUACGUCGCUCGCAAGGAUUCCAAUCAAGUGGUGGCAGCUGCGGAUCUUGUAGACGGACUCUACUGGCUUCGCACGACGCAGCGAUCGGCCAAUGCGACAUCACUCAGCAACGCUGUUGAUCUACAUGCGCGAAUGGGCCAUGCUCCAGUAGACGUGCUUCGCAGGAUGGUGACAAGCCACAUGAUCAAGGACGCUCACAUCCCUUCCAAGCCGAAUGGAUCAAGUGUGUGUCGAGGAUGCCAAGAAGGGAAGAUGGUCCAAAAACCAUUCCCGAGCAACAGUGACAAGCGCACCUACAACACCUUCGAGAUGCUCCACUUCGACAUCUGCGGACCCAUGGAAGAAAAAUCUCUGGGUGGCAGCAAGUAUCUGCUGCUGAUCGUGGAUGAAGCCAGCGGAUGCAUGAAGGGUUUUUGUCUGCAUUCCAAGUCAGAGAGCGAAGAGUGCAUCAAGAAGUACAUCACGAUGAUACAGACGCAGUUCAACAAGAAGGUCAAAUUUGUGCGACACGAUGGAGCCCGCGAAUUUGCGACGAACUCGCUUCAAGAUUUCUACGAAGUCGAAGGCAUCGAGCAACAAACCACGGUGCCAUACGCACAUCAAGCCAAUGGAACUGCUGAACGCGCGAUUCGAACUGCCGUCACCAUCGGUCGUAGCAUGCUCCAUCAUGCCAAGUUGGACAAGUGCUUCUGGGCUGAAGCGGCAAUGACGGCCGUCUAUGUGAAGAACCGUUUGCCGUCACCCAAGAUUUCACACAAGACACCGUUCGAGAUUGUCUACAAUUCUAAGCCAAGUGUCAAGCACAUGCGCGUUUUUGGGUGCCAAGCAUACAUCUUGACCCCGAAGGAGAAACGACUCAAGUGGGAUCCCAAGGCCCGGGCUGGAUUGUUUUUGGGCUACGAAGAAGUGUCCAAGGCGUAUCGAGUUUACGACAUCGAAGCGGGGCAGGUGAUGAUAAAACCGCGUCCGAGACACUUCAAACAAACAGGAAAGCGCAAGGCCCAACCCAGUCACGACAAUGACGACGCAAGCAUGCCCCGAGCAGUGCGCCAACGACCCGGAUUGGAAGAGUCAAGUGCGCCGGAUGACCUCUCUUCACGUCGAGCCAACGAAGAUGAAGAAAGGAAGUCGGAGGAACAACAUGACACACCGACUUCCUCCGCGUUUUGGCAUGCGAGUGCAAACGCCGUCGAAGCAGCGGUCGAUUUUUCGGAGCCGUCGACAUUUGAAGAAGCAGUAUCUGGCCCGGACCAAGUACACUGGCGCAAGGCAAUUGAUGCGGAGCUCGAUUCGAUGAAGCUUCGCGGUGUCUUUCGUGCGGCCAAGUUACCCAACGGACAAAGCGCCAUUGGCACAAAGUGGGUCUUCAAGAUCAAGCGCAAGGCGGAUGGGUCGAUCGAGAAAUACAAGGCACGACUUGUGGCCAAGGGUUUUCGCCAAAAGUAUGGCAUUGACUACACGGAGACGUUCUCGCCCGUGGUCAAGUAUGUGACGCUGCGAAUGGUCAUCGCCAUUACCAAGCACUUUGGAUGGCCCCUCGACCAGCUCGAUGUGGUGACUGCGUUCCUGUAUGGAGUGAUGAAGGAGAAGGUGUUCUGCGCUGUUCCGGAAGGCGUCAAGAUGGAAGGUGAUUUCGACUGUCUCGAGCUGAUCAAGGCGAUCUACGGUCUCAAGCAAGCCUCGCGUGUUUGGAACGAGACCUUCGACGAGUUCAUACGCUCGAUUGGUUUUCAAGCGUCGGGAUUCGAUCCAUGUCUCUACAUCAUGACUUCGGAAGGCCAUUGUGUUUUUGUGCUGGUCUACGUGGACGAUGUCUUGGUGACUGGAAGCUCGCUCGAGAUGAUUGCGCGCACCAAGAACGACCUCAAGACACGCUUCGAGAUGACGGACAGCGGCAAGUGUGCCUUUGUUCUUGGGAUCGAGUUAUUGGACGGUGAAGAUGGCAGCGUGACUAUGUGUCAGCGCCGUUAUGUCGACGAUGUCCUCAAGCGCUUUGGAAUGGAUGAGUGCAAGGCUGUGGCAAGUCCGGUGGACGUCAGCUCUCGACUGGUUCCAAGCAACUCUGCAAGCAAGGUGAAUGUCCCAUUCCGUGAAGCAGUGGGUGCUUUGAUGCAUCUGACGACUGCAACGCGACCGGACAUCGCCUAUGCUGUAAGCUUUGUGUCACGGUUCAUGGAGAAACCCCAAGAAGAACACUGGGUUGCAGUCAAGCGCAUCUUCCGCUACCUACAAGGCACCAAGAUGCAUGGAAUCUGCUACAAGCCAAGUGCGAAGAUCGACUUUCGUGGCUAUUCAGAUGCAGACUGGGCCGGUGACCUUGCUGAUCGCAAAUCGACGUCCGGCUACGUCUUCAUGCUAUUGGGUGCUCCGGCGGAGUACAUCGCGCUCAGCCUGGCGAUCCAAGAAGGCAAGUGGAUCAAUCGCUUGCUGUGCGAGAUCAUGGCGGCUGCAAACGAAGAAGGACCCGAGCUCGUCAUCCGUGAAGACAACCAGUCGUGCAUCAAGAUGACGAAGAAUCCGGUCAACCACGGCCGCGCUAAACACAUCGACAUCAAGUACCAUCACAUCCGUGAUGAAGUCAAGCGCGGCGAAGUGAAGCUUGAAUACUGCGAGACGACGUUGAUGUUGGCGGACAUCAUGACGAAGGGACUUCACGGACCGCGUCACAAGGACUUGACGGCGGCGCUUGGCAUCCGUGCGUGUUCGGAUUGA